GGGAGAGAGGGAGAGCGUGAGCGCGCGCAAGCUAGCGAGCAAACCAGAGAGACAGACCGAGAGAGAGACCAGGAGAGAGACCCAGAGAAAGAGAAGAAGAAGGUGAGCUCUGUCGGGGCUCAACCUCCAACUUGUUUCAGUUCGUUCAUCCUUCUUUCCUCUCUGCUUCGGAAAAGUGACUGUGGCGCUCGGCAGCUACAACAGAGUAAGAGAGAAGCAAGUGUGUUUAAGCUCUCGAGUAGGGUGAAUAGGUCUCUCCAAGUUAGUACCUGAGAAGAUGAUGAUCACACAUAUGUGUCAUUUCUACAUUACCAGACUUGGGCUUCUUUUUCUGAUUAAUAUUCUCCCUGGAACGACUGGCCAAGGGGAAUCAAGACGACAAGAACCUGGGGACUUUGUAAAGCAAGAUAUUGGCGGACUCUCUCCUAAGCAUGCCCCAGAUAUUCCUGAUGACAGCACUGACAACAUCACUAUUUUCACUAGAAUCUUGGAUCGUCUUCUGGAUGGUUAUGAUAACCGAUUGAGACCUGGACUUGGAGAUGCCGUGACUGAAGUGAAGACUGACAUCUAUGUGACCAGUUUUGGCCCUGUGUCUGACACGGACAUGGAGUACACCAUUGAUGUAUUUUUUAGACAGACAUGGCAUGAUGAAAGACUGAAAUUUGAUGGACCCAUGAAGAUCCUUCCACUGAACAAUCUCCUGGCUAGUAAGAUCUGGACUCCUGACACCUUCUUUCAUAAUGGCAAGAAAUCAGUGGCUCAUAAUAUGACCACACCGAACAAGCUGCUCAGACUGGUAGACAAUGGAACCCUUCUCUAUACAAUGAGAUUAACAAUUCAUGCUGAGUGUCCUAUGCAUUUGGAAGAUUUUCCCAUGGAUGUGCAUGCCUGUCCACUGAAGUUUGGAAGCUAUGCCUAUACAACAGCUGAAGUGGUUUAUUCUUGGACUCUUGGGAAGAACAAAUCUGUGGAAGUGGCACAGGAUGGUUCUCGCUUGAAUCAGUAUGACCUAUUGGGCCAUGUUGUUGGGACAGAGAUAAUUCGGUCAAGUACAGGAGAAUAUGUUGUCAUGACAACCCAUUUUCAUCUCAAGCGAAAAAUUGGCUACUUUGUAAUCCAGACCUACUUGCCAUGUAUCAUGACUGUGAUUCUGUCACAAGUGUCUUUUUGGCUCAACAGAGAGUCUGUCCCUGCCCGCACAGUCUUUGGUGUCACCACUGUUCUUACCAUGACCACCUUGAGUAUCAGUGCCAGAAACUCCUUACCUAAAGUGGCAUAUGCGACGGCCAUGGACUGGUUCAUAGCCGUCUGUUAUGCCUUUGUAUUUUCUGCACUGAUUGAAUUUGCCACUGUCAACUACUUUACCAAGCGGAGUUGGGCUUGGGAAGGCAAGAAGGUACCAGAAGCCCUGGAAAUGAAGAAGAAAACACCAGCAGCACCAACAAAGAAAACAAGCACCACCUUCAACAUUGUGGGGACCACCUAUCCCAUCAACCUGGCCAAGGACACUGAGUUCUCCACCAUCUCCAAGGGCGCCACUCCCAGUGCCUCCUCAACUCCGACAAUUAUUGCUUCACCCAAGGCUACCUAUGUGCAGGACAGCCCUGCUGAGACGAAGACCUACAACAGUGUCAGCAAGGUUGACAAAAUUUCCCGCAUCAUCUUUCCUGUGCUCUUUGCCAUAUUCAAUCUGGUCUAUUGGGCCACAUAUGUGAACCGGGAGUCAGCGAUCAAGGGCAUGAUCCGCAAACAGUAGAUAGUGGUGGUGGCCCGGCAACCAGAGCACUGCAUACCCCAUGAAGCAUCCAGGCAUCUAAACCCCUGGGCUCCCCUCUGUGUGUUUCAGGAUUUUUCUUUUUCACCCCUUCCAAACUCUGACUCUCAAUUCAUAUUUAUGAAUCUCAAUGAAAGUUCAACGACAGAAAAAUUACUCGUCCCUCUGACAUUGCUUAGUGUUCCCCCAUCUGAGCCAAACACUGCCAUUUGUCCAGUUGCUCAUCUUAGUCUACCAGUCUCCCCCAGCUGAGGGCACUGCAUGUAUUUUAUUGCACUCUGCCCACUGCAGAAAGAAUUGGGGACUCUGCUCCCUAAAGUGGUAGCCUUUGCUAUUUGAGAGGUAUAGACUGAGAAGAUUUGUUGACUGGUUUAGACCAGACAACUCUUACUCACUUGGGAGCCAGGCAGGCCUAUCACACAUAGUCCUGUCUGCCACCUCUUCUGCCUACAGCAUAAGAACUGGUAGGAAAGGCAGAAGCAAGUACUAACCUGUGUUUAUCAUCCCCAAUCCCUUUCUUGGCUUGGAAGUUAGUGAGGACAAUGAAGGCUCAAAACUAUCAACCAUGUAUGGUCAAAACAAAUAAAACCCACUGGGCCAGACUGGCACUGAGAUGGCUGUAGCCCUGUGAGGUUCAGCCCCUCAGGAAAGUACACUUGUGCUUGGUAUAGCUCUCUUCCAGGAAAUUUCUCUUCAAUGCCUUUAAACAAAAAGAUGUUAACAGAAACAAAAAAAACCAUCUACAUUGAAUGCUUCUACGAGAAUUUUUAAAAGUGGGGAAAGAUAAGAAAAUUACCUCUUUUGCUAAGGCAAUAGUCAAAUACUGGAUGUGAUUAGAGGGGUUGAUGGUAGUUAAGGAUUGAAGACUGGUGCAAAUGAAAGGGUCACUGGCAGGAUCAAGUCAAGUUUUUCCUUCCAUAUCCUCCAAAAUCCACACCCUUCCCAAUCUCAGGCACUUUGCUCCCACCAUGUCAGGCACUUCUGGUCAUCUGUGAAUGCCAGUUCUUAUGAGGGGCAAACUGGUGAUUCAUACAAAUAUUUCUAGUUAACUUUGAGUCAACUAAAUCAUUAACUUUAUUACCAGUUUUAUAAUGAAUUAUUUACAGGCCAUUUAAUCUCAUUCAUUCUUAAUUUUAAUGUGAGUAAAAGGGACAGGCAUAAAUUAAAAAAUUUAUAAGUAGAUAAAUUGAGUCCCAGAAGUUUGAAUAGUUGUCUAGGGUCCCUUCAAGUAUCUUUAAUAAAGAACUAUCAUAUGCCUCUCUCCAAAGGCCAAAAUGAAGAAAGAACCGAGAAGUCAGUCCACUGUGACUCAGGAUCAACACAAUGUCAGUGAGCUUUCUGGGUCAUGAGUGCACAUUUUUGGGAUACCAAAAAGGUCUUUAGAAAGUUAUAAUGCAUCCCCCAAGAAGACCACUGUAAUAGUCAUGACUUAAAGAAUGAGAUUCUUUAAGUCCACAGCUCUAGACACUUUGGAUCUGAAUAUUUCACUAGUGCAGAGUAUCCUGGAAGUUCAAGGUAAAGCCACAGAUGGCACUACAAGCAGAUUCUCCCUGCCCGCCCCCUGAACAAAGCUCCUAAGGGGUGUAUCAUUAGCUGCUGGUUGCCCUUUCAUCCAUCCUUCCCCCAUCCCCUGCUUCCUUGCCAUUGCUGGGAUAAUGCAUGCCAGUCCCAUUAUUCCUAAGACUGUGUCUGUAGGUAAAUUCAUGACUAGAAGAGUGUAGUUUCGUGGAUAAGUGGGGAUGGGGGGUGGGGGUGGGCGGGGCUGUUACUGAUUGUCAAGGAUUUAGAAUGGAAGCCUGACCUUUGCCUCUCUGUAGAAAUUGUGUUUCCAAAUGCUUUGGUGCAAUGUUUAGCGGCUGUUUAUUAAACCCUUUCUGAGUUGUA